AUGGAAACUGGUCUACUGAUCGCAUACACUGCCUUGGGUAUCAUGGCGGUGGUACCGAUUUAUUAUGGAUCGUUCUCUUCGGUAAAGUGGCCAAAGAAAGCUAACUUUAAACGAAGUCAUGACACAGAAUCUUCCUCAGAGGACGAAUCAUCUUCCGAAUCUUUAUCAACAGAAGACGCCUACAUGUUUCCAGUGUUUGGCUCUAUUGUAUUAUUUUCACUCUACCUAGUAUUCAAAUUAUUAGAUAAAGAAUAUGUGAAUUAUCUGGUCACCGGAUAUUUUUCAUUUUUAGGGGUGAUUGCUUUGACAAACGUUGGAGUACAUGUUGUCAAAAACGUUAGUGGGAUCAGACUAGAUUCUUAUAAGUUUGUCUUGACGAAGAAAGCUAAAGAGAUUUACAGCGGCAGUUUUACUUUCAUACAUCUCGUUACGCUUUUCUUUUCACUCCUUCUCACUGCUUAUUACGUAGCGACUAAAAAUUGGAUCGCAUCCAACAUAUUUGGACUUGCUUUUGCAUUUAAUGCAAUUCAAAUGUUAUCGAUUGAUUCAUUUAAAACUGGCAUGAUUCUUUUAAGCGGAUUAUUUUUCUAUGAUAUUUUUUGGGUAUUUGGUACAGAGGUCAUGGUCACGGUUGCCAAAAGUUUUGAUGCACCUAUCAAAGUCGUCUGGCCUAAACAAUGGUUUGGAUUACAACCCGAUGAGGCUUUACAAUUUACAAUGUUGGGUCUGGGAGAUAUUGUCGUUCCUGGAAUUUAUGUUGCCCUUUGCCUUCGCUUUGACCACAACCUUUACCUAAAAAAGCAUCCAAAUGCCAAAAAAAAUUCUAUCUACCCAACAACCUAUUUUAAUAAUUGUUUCGCAGCAUAUAUUUUAGGUCUUAUUACAACCAUAGUAGUUAUGCAUACAUUCAAAGCUGCUCAACCCGCAUUACUUUACCUUUCACCUGCUUGUAUUUUGUCCGUAUUAGUUACUGGUAUUGCGAAAAAUCAAUUGAAAGAAGUCUUUAAUUAUACAGCCGACGAUAAGGGUACAGCUGGUACGGAAGAUGAAGAUUAUGUUGAGGUUUCAACAACUUCAUUGGCUAGUGGUAAAAGUAAGAAGAAGAGAAAAUCAAAGAGAACUGGUUAA